AUGGGGCUCUCUCUCAGCCGGCUCUUCAGCCGCCUCUUCGGCAAGCGCGAGAUGCGCAUAUUGAUGGUUGGCCUCGACGCAGCAGGCAAGACAACCAUUUUAUACAAACUUAAGCUUGGAGAAGUCGUCACCACCAUUCCUACGAUUGGAUUUAAUGUUGAGACAGUUGAGUUUAAAAACAUCUCCUUUACAGUGUGGGACGUGGGGGGCCAAGAUAAGAUUCGCCCUCUCUGGAGGCAUUAUUUCUCCAACACCCACGGCAUCAUCUUUGUUGUAGACUCAAACGACAGAGAACGCAUUGUAGAUGCGAAGGAGGAGCUUCACCGCAUGCUAGGUGAAGACGAGCUGCGGGAUGCGGUGUUGCUGGUGUUCGCAAACAAACAAGACUUGCCGAAUGCCAUGAGCGUUCCCGAGAUAACCGACAAAUUGAUGCUCUACUCUAUAAGAAAUCGACAUUGGUAUAUUCAGUCUGCAUGCGCCACUGCUGGAGAUGGCCUGUUCGAAGGUCUCGACUGGCUCUCCACAACCCUCGCCAACAAGUCAACCGACUAG